AGCCGGGCGAGGGAGCGCCGGAGAGGUGGCGAGCGAAGCCGAGGCCGGGGGAGCAUCACCGCCGCCGUCCUUCGUCUGCAAGCGGGCCGGCCGAGCAGGUGCGGCGGCGGCGGCGGCGGCGGAGGGGAGAGCCCGGGCUGCUGCUGCGGCGGCGGCGCCUCCGCCAAGAUGUUGGAGAUCCAGCUGGACGAUGGCGGCGUCGGCGGCUACCCCGGGGACGACUACUGCUCGGGCUCGGUGAUGUCGGAGCGCGUCUCGGGCCUGGCCAACAGCAUCUACCGCGAGUUCGAGCGCCUGAUCCGCUGCUACGACGAGGAGGUGGUCAAGGAGCUGAUGCCGCUGGUGGUGACGGUGCUGGAGAACCUCGACUCGGUGCUGACCGACAACCAGGAGCACGAGGUGGAGCUGGAGCUGCUGCGGGAGGACAACGAGCAGCUGCUCACCCAGUACGAGCGGGAGAAGGCGCUGCGCAAGCAGGCCGAGGAGAAAUUCAUUGAAUUUGAAGAUGCACUGGAACAGGAAAAGAAAGAGUUGCAGGUUCAGGUGGAGCACCUGGAAUUUCAAACACGGCAGCUGGAGCUGAAGGCCAAGAAUUAUGCCGACCAGAUUUCCCGGUUGGAGGAGCGUGAAUCUGAAAUGAAGAAAGAAUACAACGCCCUACACCAGCGGCACACAGAGAUGAUCCAAACCUAUGUGGAGCACAUUGAGAGAUCCAAGAUGCAGCAGGUCGCUGGAAAUAGUCAAAACGAGAGUGGUCUCUCUGGGAGAAGUCACCACCCAUCAUGGAGAAAAAGCAUGAAGAGGCGUCCUAAUUCUCUGAACAUCCCCCUCACAGAUGAUAUGGUACGUGGGCAGGUGGGGGCCAAGAUUGCCCCCGCAGUGGACCACUGGCACCUGAGUGACCUCAGUCAGCUGCAGUCCAACUCCAUCUACAAGUGCCCACCUGAUGAAAUGUCAGAAUCUGGACAGUCCUCUGCAGCUGCCACGCCGAGCACCACGGGAACAAAAUCGAAUACCCCCACGUCAUCGGUGCCCUCUGCUGCUGUGACGCCCCUGAACGAGAGCCUUCAGUCAAUGAACGACUAUGUCACUUCAAAAAAUAACAAACGGUCACGGGAGAAACGGAACAGCCGAAAUAUGGAAGUGCAGGUGGUCCAGGAGACAAGGAACGUGAGCAUAGGAAUGGGAAGCAGUGACGAGGGAUCGGACUUCCAAGAUAUUGACUCUACUCCAGAGUUGGACAUGCAGGAUCCUAGACUGGAGCGCACAGGGAACAGCCCAACACAAGGGAUAGUGAAUAAAGCCUUUGGCAUCAAUACUGAUUCCUUGUAUACCGAACUUACUGAAGUGGGCUCAGAGGCCAUCGGAGACGUGGAUGAAGGAGCAGAUCUACUAGGGGAAUUUUCAGUACGGGAUGAUUUCUUUGGGAUGGGCAAAGAAGUGGGGAAUCUCUUGAUGGAGAAUACACAGCUGCUAGAGACCAAAAAUGCUCUGAAUAUUGUGAAGGAUGAUUUAAUUGCAAAAGUGGACCAGCUUACAGGAGAACAGGAGGUGUUAAAAGAAGAGCUGGAAGCAGCAAAGCAGGCAAAAUCCAAAAUGGAAGCACGUAUCAAGGAACUUGAGGAAGAACUUAAAAAAGUGAAAUCGGAGGUGAUAGUUGCCCGCCGAGAGCCCAAAGAAGAGGUGGAGGAUGUAAGCAGCUAUCUCUGUACAGAAUUGUCCUCCUCCUCCCCCCUGCAGGACAACAUCCCUAUUGCUCAGAGACGACGCUUCACCCGGGUGGAGAUGGCUCGCGUCCUGAUGGAGCGCAACCAGUACAAAGAAAGGUUGAUGGAACUGCAGGAGGCUGUCAGGUGGACGGAGAUGAUCAGAGCCUCCCGGGAACAUCCUUCCGUUCAAGAGAAGAAAAAAUCCACCAUUUGGCAGUUCUUCAGCCGAUUGUUCAGUUCCUCCUCCAGCCCUCCGCCAGCUAAAAGAAGCUACCCAUCCGUGAAUAUUCACUAUAAGUCUCCCACAGCAGCCGGGUUAAGCCAGCGCCGCAGCCACACCCUGUGUCAAAUCUCUGCCGGGAACCGAACUCUUGAGUUUUUCCCAGAUGAUGAUUGCACAUCUUCGGCACGUCGUGAGCAGAAGCGAGAGCAAUACCGCCAGGUCCGUGAGCAUGUCCGGAACGAUGAUGGCCGCUUACAGGCCUGUGGGUGGAGCCUGCCAGCCAAAUACAAACAGUUGAGUCCCAACGGUGGCCAAGAAGAUAAUCGGAUGAAAAAUGUCCCUGUCCCUGUUUAUUGUCGCCCCUUAGUGGAGAAGGACCCUACCAUGAAGUUAUGGUGUGCAGCUGGUGUAAAUUUGACAGGCUGGAAGCCCGGGUUGGAACCGGAUGUUGCAAAUGGUCAAAAGCCUGAACUGGGAUGUGACCCACUGACAUGUGAUCGAGAGGUAGAAGGAGAGAAUAUGAAGAGUAAUCACACUUCUCCAGAAAAGAAAAAGACCAAAGAAUUGCACGAGAUGGAUGCCACCUCCAGUAGAGUAUGGAUCCUCACCAGCACCUUAUCUACUAGCAAAGUGGUUAUCAUCGAUGCCAACCAACCAGGAACGGUGGUGGAUCAUUUCACAGUUUGCAACGCCCACGUGCUUUGCAUCUCCAGCAUUCCAGCGGCCUGCGAUUCCGACUAUCCUCCUGGAGAAAUCUUUCUGGAAAGGGACUUGAAUCCUGAGGAAUCUUCAGGAACGGAUGGAGUCUUAGCAGGCAUCACUUUAGUUGGCUGUGCAACUCGUUGCAAUGUUCCUAGUAGCAAUUGCUCCUCCCGUGGAGACACCCCCGUGUUGGAUAAAGGACAAAAUGAAGUGGCUGCAACAAGCAAUGCUAGGAUUGAUCAGUCCCAGUCCACUGAGGAGGCCACCGAAGCCACGGAGGUGCCAGAGAACGGCGGGAGUGAAACGGAGCUAGCCCAGGUCCGGACUGGCCCCCUUACAGAACAUGUGUUUACCGAUCCAGUUCCAGCUCAGGCACCUACAAGGCAGAACAGUGAGAAUGGACAUCCAAAAAUGGAGUCAAGCACAGUAGUGCAGGAUCAAGAGGCAAAUGGCAAUACAGUGGGUGCUACCACCAGUGCUGCCCCCACCAUGUGGCUUGGAGCACAGAAUGGGUGGUUGUAUGUGCACUCAGCAGUGUCCAACUGGAAGAAGUGCCUACAUUCUAUCAAGUUGAAGGAUUCAGUAUUAAGUUUGGUGCAUGUAAAAGGGCGUGUUCUUGUGGCUCUGGCAGACGGGACCCUUGCCAUAUUCCACCGGGGAGAAGAUGGUCAAUGGGAUCUCAGCAACUACCAUCUCAUGGAUCUAGGCCACACCCAUCACUCCAUUCGCUGCAUGGCUGUGGUAUACGACAGAGUGUGGUGUGGCUAUAAGAACAAAAUUCAUGUCAUCCAGCCAAAGACGAUGCAGAUUGAGAAGUCCUUUGAUGCACAUCCUCGCCGGGAGAGCCAGAUCCGGCAGCUGGCCUGGAUUGGAGAUGGGGUUUGGGUUUCCAUCCGUCUGGACUCCACCCUACGGCUCUAUCAUGCCCACACUCAUCAACAUCUUCAGGAUGUGGAUAUUGAGCCUUAUGUCAGCAAAAUGUUAGGGACUGGAAAACUAGGUUUCUCCUUUGUGCGGAUCACAGCUUUACUCAUCGCUGGCAAUCGCCUGUGGGUCGGCACGGGCAAUGGAGUGGUCAUUUCUAUCCCUUUGACCGAGACUGUAGUCCUUCACCGAGGUCAACUUCUUGGGCUCAGGGCUAACAAGACCUCGCCAACAUCUGGAGAAGGGAACCGCCCUGGAGGUGUCAUCCAUGUCUACGGCGGAGAUGACAGCAAUGACAAGUCCACCAGUAGCUUCAUCCCCUAUUGUUCUAUGGCACAAGCCCAGCUCUGUUUCCAUGGACACCGUGAUGCAGUCAAGUUCUUUGUCUCUGUACCUGGAAAUGUCCUUGCCACUUUGAAUGGGAGUGUCCUGGAUAGUCCUUCAGAGAACCCCAGCACAGAUGCCGUGGAGGAGGAAGAACAGAAGCUGAAAAAUGUCCUGGUGUUAAGCGGUGGUGAAGGAUACAUUGACUUCCGGAUUGGAGACGGAGAAGACGACGAGAGCGAAGACAACACGGGCGAUGCUGUCCAGGUGAAGCCUAUUCUCUCCAAGGCCGAACGAAGCCACAUCAUUGUCUGGCAGGUGUCCUACAUCCCGGAAUGAGCCUCUCUUCCGCCUCCAGCCAGUAUAAUGUUCCUCCCUUCUACCGACACCCGCUCCCUGAAUGCCAAGAUGUACAUACAGAACUUUUGCAUAAUUCCUACCGCUGGCCAGUCCGACCCCGGAUAACUACAACUCUUCCUGUGCCAUAAAGUGGCUCCCUCCCUUUCCAGGUUUACAGUGAUUGUCUUGAGCUGAUGGACUUUCUAGACUGGCUGGGUUACCGUUGGUUUUCCGGCAGGAGGGAAUCUUUGGAUGAAGGCUGUUGCCAUCAGAAGUCAAGACACAAAGGAAGACCACCCUUGGCUCAGAAGGACUGGACAACUUUUCCAAGGCAGCCCCCUCCUUCUCUUUUCCUUCCUUCCUUCCUUCCUUCCUUCCUUCCUUCCUUCCUUCCUUCCUUCCUUCCUUCCUACCUACCUACCUACCUACCUACCUACCUACCUGCAUGGGGAAAAGUACCUGUGAACUGCUUAACUGGCUUAUUCCCUUUGCCACCAUGGAAACUGGGUUGACAGUUGGGGUUGGUCUCCAAGCCAGUACGAGUGAGAUGUUUCUGAGAGCAAGCAACAUCCCUUGUCCUUUCUCCUUCACUAUUAUUCUGUGAGGUCCAGACACGAGAAAAGCAUUUGGGAGCAAGCUUGGCUAAAGUAUCUUAAAAUCUGUACCAGGAAGGUUUUGCAGGUAUGUUUGGGGAUUAUAGCCACAGGUCAGCAGUUGGCAUUGUAUCUAGAAUAGGGGCUCUGGGCACAGGAUGAGUUCCCGUCACUAAGUUUAUUUUAAUUGGGCACUGGUGGGUUGGUUCACUGCGGUCUAGGCACCAGUCUGGAAGCUCUUGGGAGGAGCAGAAGGAUACAGAUGCAGGAAAGACAAUAAAGCUUUACCAGGCAAUCAAGGAAGCAAUCUGAAAGAGGAAUUGUCUUCUUGCGAUUCUAUACCUGCCUUAUAGCAAAUGACAUUCUGAAGGAUGGGAAGGCAAAUGUACAUGCUUAGCAUCCUGCCUUCAGCAAACCAGAAAAAUCUGAACUUCUUCACCCUUGAAAUAUUGUAGUAUUCCAGAGCUGUGUUGGAUGGAUAUUUUGGAGGCUGAAACGACCGUCGAUGUAUCUGGGGGUGCUCUGCUGGGAGCUGCUGGGAUAUAAGUCACAAAAUGCGUCUUUCAGGCUAUCUAUCUCAGAAAAGAGAAAAAUCAGGUUAUAAGCCAGGAGAAAUCAAGCAAACGUGGAGGACAAAUGGAUCAGAGAAGGUAGGAAUGGAAUCUGCAGAGAGAUAGGCAAUUGUCCGGGAGAAGGAAGUAGGGAAGAGGAGAAGUGAAAGACAGUUGGAGGUUGAGAAAGCCUUCCUUCUCAGACCACGACUGGUAGAAGUAGCAAGAGGAAUCUGAGGCAGAUGACGAGAGUGUUGUUUGAGUAUAGUGAUGUCCAAAAAAGCUGAUCAGGAGAUGAACUUUAUCUUCCAUACAGUGUUUGGAGGUGGCUCAAAGGAUGAUGAACUUGAUCAGAUUCCCAUCUUGACAGCAGGGCCACCUCAGAUGUGAAGAAUGUCCUCUUCUAGCCUUUCCCAACUGGGUGCCUUCCAGCUGGGUCUACAAAAGCAAUUACUCAUUGAAUUAAGGUCAGCUUCUAGGGUCUUCAUCAACAUGUCCGCGUGGCCGCCUUCUUCCCCUUCUUUCAACUGCCCAGUCUAGCCUACAACCCUGGGGUUUGUUGGUGGUCUCCCAUCCCAGUCUGACCUGCUUGGCUUUUGGAGAUCAGCCAUGCUUCGCCAGGUGCUACCACCUAUCUAGACAUAUCAGGACUACCUUUCCCCAAAGCUCUAAAUCCACCUGGCCAAAAGGGAAUUCAGAAAGUUGUACUUCCAACAGGAAGGGCAGCCAAUUGAGGAAGGCUGAUAGAGCACGACAACCCAUCAAGCCAACAAAAAACGGCUCCACGGUUUAAGAACGAAAGGUUGAUUGGAGCCAUAGUGCUAUUCAUGUCUCAUAGUUUGAUGGGACGUGUUUUUGGAUAAAGCUACAGAGCACUGCUUUUUCCCAAGGGAGGAUGAACAAAUGAACAAGCAAGCCUAUAUAAAGAGAGACAGAGUGCGCAUGGGAUGGGUACCCAGUGUUUCUGGACUACUUUAAGAAAUUUGGACUUCCAGUGAGGGAGAAUUCUGGGAGUUGAGGCCGACACUUCUUAAAGCGGCCGAGGUUAAGAAACUCUGCAAAGAAAAAAAAAACUAAGCAAAAAUAAAACUUAGCAAAGGCACGAGAGCAUAUCCCGUUCUUACAUGCAUUUGAAACCACAUUUGUUUCUGUCUUUGUUUUUAAAGUUUGACGAAGCCUCCAGCCUCUCUCAUUUUUCUGGCACUUAAUUAAUUCUAACCUUGCUUGUCUGCUGCAUCUGCUCCCAAGCCUUUUGCAGUUGGAAAGAAGCACACGUGUGACGGCAUGGAGAGGAGGAGACGGUGAAGGAAACAGCACCCAAAGAACGGGCUCCUUUUUAGGGGUGAUCAGCCAGCUUGGCGAAAGGCUGACUUGGUGGGCCUCACAGACGGACUUUUCCUGCUGCAAUUCCACUGUGAUGUAUGUAAAGUUAACUUGUACGUUAUAAAAGGAUUUUUUAAAAAAUGUGUCUUGAGGCUGUAAACUCUCUGCUGUUUGAAGAUGUAAAGAGACGGCUGUAUGGAAACACACCUCUCCCAUGCUUUCGCCCUGAUGUGCUACCAAACAAAGUGAAAAUCAUAUCUGUUCUGUAUGUAAUAAAAAUGUAUUAUCGUCA